ACCGCAAAAGUUUGAGACCCCGCCUAUUUUCAUCUCUCCUUUGGUUCCUUUUCUUCAGUCUGCCCUCCUGCUCCCCCCUCUCCUCAUCCCCCAUCUCUCAUUCACCAUUCAUCGCGAUCUCUCCAAAUUUCGUCUUCAUCUCUGCAUUUAUUUCUGCCUCAUACCCAUCCGUUCGCAAUCAUGUCUACCCAAGCCAAUGGCACGAUACCCCACCACAACCAGGGCACUUUCCUGUUCACCUCCGAGUCCGUCGGCGAGGGCCACCCCGACAAGAUCGCUGAUCAGGUCUCCGAUGCCGUCCUCGAUGCGUGCUUGAGAGAGGACCCGCUGUCCAAGGUCGCUUGUGAGACUGCGACGAAGACCGGUAUGGUUAUGGUCUUUGGCGAGAUCACAACCAAGUCACGUCUUGACUACCAAAAGGUUAUCCGAGAGGCCAUCAAGGAUAUUGGAUAUGACGACUCCGCAAAGGGCUUCGACUACAAGACCUGCAACGUCUUGGUUGCCAUUGAGGAGCAAUCCCCCGACAUUGCCCAAGGUCUGCACUACGAGGAGGCUCUUGAGAAGCUUGGUGCUGGCGACCAGGGUAUUAUGUUCGGAUACGCUACCGACGAGACCCCAGAACUCCUCCCCCUGACUAUCCAACUGGCCCACAAGCUUAACGCUGCGAUGUCUGCUGCCCGACGGGACGGCAGCCUUCCUUGGCUUCGACCCGACACCAAGACACAAGUUACAGUUGAGUACAAGCACGACAACGGAGCUGUUAUCCCACUUAGAGUGCACACUGUUGUUGUCAGCGCUCAACACAGUGAGGACAUCUCCACUGAGCAACUGCGCAAGGAGAUCAAGGAGAAGAUCAUCCAGAAGGUUAUCCCAGCUAAGUACCUAGAUGACAAGACCAUCUACCACAUCCAACCUUCCGGACAGUUCAUCAUUGGUGGACCUCAAGGAGACGCUGGGCUGACUGGCCGAAAAAUCAUUGUUGACACAUAUGGUGGAUGGGGAGCUCACGGUGGUGGUGCCUUCUCUGGCAAGGACUUCUCCAAGGUCGACCGAUCAGCUGCAUACCUCGCCCGUUGGAUUGCCAAGUCAUUGGUUAACGCCAAGCUUGCCCGCCGGGCACUCGUCCAACUUUCAUACGCCAUUGGUGUUGCGGAGCCACUUUCAAUCUUCGUCGACACCUAUGGUACAUCUUCCCGAAGCUCCGAUGAGCUGGUCGAGAUCGUCCGAAAGAACUUCGACAUGAGACCCGGUGUGAUUGUCAAGGAACUCGACUUGGCCAAGCCGAUCUACUUCCAAACCGCUAAGAAUGGACACUUCACAAACCAGAACUUCAGCUGGGAGAAGCCCAAGACCCUCACAUUUUAG